AUAUUUUAUGAAGCCUUUCAAGCUUUUAAUAUGUAUUACCUGUUAGAAAACUUUUGGAAGAUACGUUUGGAUAUGUGAAAGUAAAAAAGACUAGUUUGAAGAUAAAAAGAAAAAAAUGUAGCCUAAAGUUGUUGUGGAAAUCAAGAAAGUUUUUGGAAUUUAGAUUUAGUAAAAAUAAAAAAGCUCAAACUCAAGACAAUCUUCCUGUUCUUAGGAGCUCAAGUUAUGUGUAAAGUGAAGAAAUGUAGAAGCUCGAAUUGCAGUGGCAGUUAAAAAUAUUUGUAACUCUAAGUGAUGAUGCUUAUAGUAGAGUUAUGUAACUUUUGAAGUUCCAUUUGAGGUGGGGAUUAAAAGACAUCUAUAGACUAAAUUAUAGUUAAGGUUAAGACACAUUUAAGGCUUCUAUACACCUAUACUGAAUUUCAUAAGGUAUAAUAAUUAUGACGUCAUCUAAAAUUUUAUAAUGUUUUUAUGAACUUCAAAUAAGGAUAUUCAGAGAGAAUACCAAAUUAUCAUGAUAAAACUGUAGUUUUUAGAGCAAUAUAAUAUUUUGGUUAAAUUUUAUUUAGAUUUAAAGAAAAUAAUUACUUUGUAAACGAGGUUAUUCUUAGAAAAGCUCGGCUAUAUGAAGGGUUUGACCGUAACUUUAAGCUCGCAAUUGAGGCACUUAACGAAAAGAAAUAUUUACGAAAUUAGGUAAUAUGUUCUACAUUUUGCUAACGAACUUAGGGAAAAGAAUCAUUUUUAUUGUCGACCUCUUUAAUUGAGUUUGGCAUAAUUAGGAAAUUCGGGAAAGGUCUGUUAUAGUCGAGAGUACAAAUAAUUCGUGCUCAAAUUACUACAGCUUUUUUUUGUUAAAAAAUGGAUGUGCUGUUCAAUAUCCACAUUUGAACCAAACUUGAUAAAUCAAAACAACUUUUUUUAACCUUCAGCAGAAUCUUAGGCUGAAUUUUUUCAUAAAUUAGGUUACUAUAAAAAAUGAAUGUUUGUGUAAUAUCGUUUCAUAUUGGGUCUUCUUCAAGGGAGUGCAUGUCUUAACAAAACGGUAUUACACAUAAUUAAGUUAAUUACGUAUCGCGUACAUGUUUUGAUUAGUGGUUGUGUCAAUCAUUCUGAGCUGAACGUUUUAAUUCUUAAGUUUUUGAGGUAAAAAAAACUCCAGGUGCAUAGAUCUCAAAAAUCUUGUAAAGUUUUUAAAACAAGAUUUUAAAGAUCUACGCAUGCAUUACUUUUUGCUGAUUAUUUAGUUAGUGGCUAUUGGGAUGAGUUUGUACCAUACCAUUCUUUUGAAAUCUAAUAUAUAAUCUAAUCUUUAGACUCUUGUACUCAAUGUACUCUUUGUGUGGAGAAUAUUCUACCAGAUAAAUGGAUAAACAAGUUGUAACCUGUAUAACAGCAAAAAUCACCAUGAAUAUCACUCUGCAUAUGCCAUCCCUAGAAAUAAUGCGUUCCAUUUACCACACUCCAUCUUCAUUAAAUUGAUUAAGUAAAUAUUUAUCUUUAGAAAGAGGGUGUCAGGUGCCAAGAAGGAGUCGUCAAGUAAAUGUGCUGGAUGUUUAAAGCGAAUCAGAAGCCGGUUUCUUGUACAAGCGCUUGAUAAAAUCUGGCAUGAACGAUGUCUAAAGUGUGAUGUCUGUAACGAAAUAUUGUACAGUUUUGGUGAAAACAAGCUGUACUAUAGACAGGAGAUAAAACUUUGCAAACUGGAUUAUAUGAGGCUCUUUGUGCCUGGUGGGCAAUGUUCUAUUUGUGAAGAUCCAAUCCCAUCGACUGAGAAGGUAAUCAAGUAUAAAAACAAUAUAAACUAUCACGUGUCUUGUUUCAAUUGUGUGAUCUGCAAAUACAAAUUUGCUGCAGGAGAUAUUGCCCACAUACCCAAGCCGAACAUUAUACUCUGUAGUGAGCACCAGGUUGAAGACGUACAAAAAUUAGAAAGUGUUUUAAAAGAAAAACAAAUAAAUAAAAUAAAGGCAAUAACAACCACACUUACAGAGGCAAGCGUCUUGACAACACAAAAUACGACAACAGCGACGAUGGCGGCAAUAUCUGACGAACUUUAUUGACCUCGAUGAUAGAUGGUUUAAUUUUCCCCUGAUAUUAGUUAAAGAAGAUGACUUAAACCGAUUUUAAUGCUGAAUGCCUGAAGAAGAAACAUCGCUUAAAAUAAUCUAUUUUAAAAGGUGCAUUGCACCAAGUUGUGAGGAAAGCUACAUAUUUUGGUCAUGGCUUUGUAAUUAC